AUCUAUCUACAGUGUGACCAACACGGUAGACUGACCCUCUGAGAAGCCCACUGCCCACGGGGAAAAGAGCUGCUCGAGGUCUCUCCAUGGGUCAUCAAUAACUCUCAAUUCAUCAUUUGAUACCAAUUCCUUGAAUUGUUCACUCAAUUCUAUAUUGUCACCCGCAGUCAAAACUUUUUUUUUUCGUUCCUUAUAUUCCCUCAAUAUCCCUUCUCUAAUUUAAAUCUUUCCACCUCUAAACACGGUAGUCCCUCGACGACAUGCCUUCCAUUUCCUCUCCAACUUCCCCUCACCGGGCUGGACAGAGCCCGGCACUCGCGCUCUCCACUGCUCAAGCGGCUGGCGUCGUGGACGGCGUUGAGGUUGCCCAGAGUCCCGUGCUGACCACACAUGGCUCCAAGGGCAUCCCCAAAGGCAUUCCUCACCCGCCCGUCUCCCCCAGGCUGGCCCAGGAUGGCGGUCUUGUCAGCCUUGAGCUCGAGGAUGGCACCGUCUACCAGGGUUACAGCUAUGGUGCCGAGAAGAGCGUUGCCGGUGAACUUGUUUUCCAGACCGGUAUGGUUGGUUAUCCCGAGUCCAUUACGGAUCCCUCUUACCGGGGUCAAUUGCUCGUCAUUACGUUCCCUUUGGUGGGUAACUAUGGCGUUCCAUCGCGAGAGACCCUGGACGAGCUCCUGGGCGAUCUUCCUGCCCAUUUUGAAUCCUCGCAGAUUCACAUUGCCGGUCUCAUCACUUCUACUUAUGCCGGCGAGGAUUACUCUCACUAUCUGGCCGCUUCCUCACUGGGUACCUGGUUGAAGGAACAGGGCAUUCCAGCCAUUCAUGGUGUCGAUACCCGCUCUCUCACCAAGCGGAUCCGAGAGGAAGGUAGCAUGCUCGGCCGUAUGCUACUCCAAAAGUCCGCCGAGUCUGGCCGUCAGCUCGAGGCCGUGGCUACCACAGAAUGGCGAAGCGGAUUUGAAGAGAUCCCUUGGUACAAUCCCAAUGAGAAAAAUCUUGUCGAGGAAGUGUCAAUUCGACAACCUCGUCGUUUCUCUCCCCCCGCUUCGAAGGCAUUGCGUCACCCUUCUGGACGCCCCGUCCGUGUAGUUACUGUAGACGUUGGUAUGAAGUACAACCAACUCCGCUGUCUCCUCAAGAGGGGCGUAGAGGUCGAAGUCGUGCCCUGGGACUAUGACUUCCCCAAACUGGCCGGCAAGGAGUAUGAUGGUCUAUUCUUGUCCAACGGUCCUGGUGACCCAGCAAUGCUGGAUAAGACCGUCAAGCACGUCGCCACUGCUAUGGCCGAGGGCCGCACCCCUAUCUUUGGCAUCUGUUUGGGCCACCAGAUUCUUGCUCGCGCAGCGGGUGCAUCCACGCUCAAGAUGAAGUUCGGUAACCGCGGCCACAACAUCCCUUGCACCAAUCUUCUCUCGGGCCGAUGCUACAUCACUUCGCAAAACCACGGUUAUGCGGUGGACGCGAUGAAUCUGCCUCAAGGCUGGGAGGAACUCUUUGUGAAUGCCAACGACGGUAGCAACGAGGGUAUCCGUCACGUCAGCCGCCCUUACUUCAGUGUGCAAUUCCACCCGGAGAGCAAUCCGGGUCCCCGCGACACUGAGUUCCUCUUUGACGUCUUCAUCAAUACCAUUCAAAAGUCUUUGGCUUCGACAGAAGCUCUUCUGCAACCCGUCUCUUUCCCUGGCGGUGACAUUGAGGAGAAUGAGCGUCUCCACCCCCGUGUCAAUGUCAAGAAGGUGCUUGUCUUGGGAAGUGGUGGUUUGAGCAUUGGACAGGCUGGUGAAUUCGACUACUCCGGAAGUCAGGCUAUCAAGGCUCUUAAGGAGGAGGGUAUCUAUACUGUCCUGAUCAAUCCAAACAUUGCCACGGUGCAAACCUCAAAGGGCUUGGCCGACAAGGUCUAUUUCUUGCCGGUCACCGCCGACUUUGUGCGCAAAGUCAUCAAGCACGAGCGGCCUGAUGCUAUUUACGUCACCUUUGGUGGUCAGACUGCUUUGCAGGUCGGUAUCCAGCUCAAGGACGAAUUCGAGGCGCUGGGCGUCAAGGUCCUGGGUACGCCGAUUGAUACUAUUAUCACCACCGAAGACCGUGAGCUUUUCGCUCGUAGCAUGGAUUCCAUUGGCGAAAAGUGCGCCAAGUCCGCUUCUGCCAACUCAGUCGAAGAAGCGCUUGGCGUCGUUGACCAGAUUGGCUAUCCUGUCAUUGUUCGUGCUGCCUAUGCUUUGGGUGGUUUGGGCAGUGGCUUCGCCGACAACACGGAGGAGUUGCUCGAUCUUUGCAACAUUGCCUUUGCUGCUAGUCCUCAGGUUCUCAUCGAGAGGAGUAUGAAGGGCUGGAAGGAGAUUGAAUACGAGGUUGUCCGUGAUGCUCGUGACAACUGCAUUACGGUCUGUAACAUGGAGAACUUUGACCCGCUUGGUAUCCACACGGGUGACUCCAUUGUCGUUGCUCCCUCGCAGACUCUGUCUGAUGAAGACUUCAACAUGCUUCGAACCACUGCUGUCAAUGUUAUUCGACACCUUGGUGUGGUCGGAGAAUGUAACAUUCAAUAUGCCUUGAACCCCGACUCCAAAGAAUACUGCAUUAUUGAGGUCAACGCUCGUCUGUCUCGUUCGUCAGCUUUGGCUUCAAAGGCUACUGGUUAUCCUCUGGCCUUUGUUGCAGCCAAGUUGGGAUUGGGUAUCCCCUUGAACGAGGUUUCCAACUCUGUGACCAAGGUUACUUGCGCCUGCUUUGAACCAUCUCUUGAUUAUGUUGUUGUCAAGAUUCCUCGCUGGGACCUUAAGAAGUUCACUCGGGUUUCAACCGCGCUCAGCUCUUCUAUGAAGAGUGUUGGUGAGGUGAUGAGUAUCGGACGUACCUUUGAGGAAGCAAUUCAAAAAGCAAUUCGUUCCGUCGACUUCCACAACCUGGGAUUCAACGAGACCAACGCGCUCAUGUCCAUUGACAAUGAGCUGCAGACGCCUUCUGAUCAGCGUCUUUUUGCCAUUGCCAAUGCCAUGGCUGCCGGCUACUCGGUCGACAAGAUCUGGGAGAUGACCCGGAUCGACAAGUGGUUCCUUAGCCGUCUUAAGGGCCUGAGCAACUUUAGCAAGACUCUUACCGACUACACUGCUGGCAGCUUGCCCGUGUCGAUGCUCCGACGUGCCAAGCAGCUCGGUUUCUGCGACAGGCAGAUUGCCAAGUUUGUGAGCUCCAAUGAGCUCGCGGUUCGUCGUCUGAGAGUGGAAGCUGGCAUCGUUCCUGCUGUCAAGCAGAUUGAUACUGUUGCCGCCGAGUUCCCUGCCUUCACGAACUAUCUUUACAUGACCUACAAUGGCUCUGAGCACGACGUUUCGUUUGACGAUCAAGGCAUUAUGGUCCUCGGCUCUGGUGUUUACCGUAUUGGCUCCUCCGUCGAAUUCGAUUGGUGCUCUGUCCGCGCCAUCCGCACUCUUCGCGAGCAGGGCCACAAGACGGUCAUGGUUAACUACAACCCUGAGACCGUUAGCACUGACUACGAUGAGGCCGACAAGCUCUACUUUGAGAACAUCAACUUGGAGACCGUCCUUGACAUCUACCAACUCGAGUCCUCAAAGGGUGUUAUCAUUUCCAUGGGUGGUCAGACGCCAAACAACAUUGCUUUGCCCCUUCAUCGUCUCAAUGUUAAGAUCCUCGGUACCUCUCCUGAGCUGAUUGACACGGCUGAGAACCGUUACAAGUUCUCUCGUAUGUUGGAUCGCAUCGGUGUCGACCAGCCGGCCUGGAAAGAGCUCACGAGCUUUGAAGAAGCUUCCGAUUUUUGCGAAAAGGUUUCGUACCCUGUGCUCGUGCGGCCUUCGUACGUCCUUUCCGGAGCGGCCAUGAACACUGUGUACUCUCAAGAUGACCUGGCUAGCUAUCUCAACCAGGCUGCUGAAGUCUCUCGCGACCAUCCUGUCGUCAUCACCAAAUACAUUGAGAAUGCCAAGGAGAUUGAAAUGGACGCCGUUGCCAAGGAUGGCAAAAUGGUCGGACACUUCAUUUCUGAGCAUGUUGAGAACGCCGGUGUUCACUCUGGUGAUGCUACCUUGAUUUUGCCUCCUCAGGACCUUGCUCCCGAGACUGUUCGCCGUAUUGAGGACGCUACCAGGAAGAUUGGUGCCGCCCUGAACGUGACUGGACCUUAUAACAUCCAAUUCAUUGCCAAGGACAAUGAUAUCAAGGUCAUCGAGUGUAACGUCCGCGCUGCGCGAUCCUUCCCCUUCGUUUCUAAGGUGAUGGGUGUCGACCUGAUUGAGUUGGCGACCAAGUCUAUUAUGGGCAUUCCAUUCGCGGAAUACCCACCUACAGAUGUCCCUGAGAACUAUGUUGGUGUCAAGGUUCCCCAGUUCUCGUUCUCUCGUUUGUCUGGUGCCGAUCCCGUACUUGGUGUAGAGAUGGCAUCGACCGGAGAGGUUGCUUGCUUUGGUCGCGACAAGUAUGAGGCCUACCUCAAGGCACUCGUCUCCACCGGAUUCAAGCUCCCCAAGAAGAACAUUCUCCUCUCCAUUGGAUCAUUCAAAGACAAGAUGGAGAUGCUGCCCUCGGUUGAAAAGCUGCACAAGCUUGGAUACAAUCUCUUCGCUACUGCCGGAACGGCCGACUUCCUGCAGGAGCAUGGUCUUCCCGUGCAGUACCUCGAGAUUCUUGCAGGAGAGGCCGACCAGCAAAAGUCCGAGUAUUCUCUGACGCAGCACUUGGCCAACAACCUCAUUGAUCUGUACAUCAAUCUUCCCAGCAGCAACCGCUUCAGGCGACCUGCGAACUACAUGAGCAAGGGUUACCGCACCAGACGUAUGGCAGUGGACUACCAGACGCCCCUUGUGACAAACGUCAAGAACGCCAAGAUUCUCAUUGAGGCUAUUGCGCGCCACCGGCAGCUAGAGGUUGUAAAGGUUGACUACCAGACCAGCCACCGCCUGGUGUAUCUUCCGGGUCUCGUUAAUGUCGCCGCUUUUGUGCCUGGUGUUGCCGCUCCUGGCAGCGAAGAUUUCCAGACGGCUACCAAGGCAUCUAUCGCAGCUGGUUUCAGCAUGAUCCGCGUCAUGCCGGUGGGUCUGGACAGCUCCGUCUCGGAUGCCAAGUCUCUUGCUAUUGCUCAGGCCAACAGCCGCAAUGCUGGAUUCUGUGACUACAACUUCUCUGUGGCCUCGACUGCCUCGAACUCGAACCUGAUUAGUGAGGUUACCGGAGAGGUGGGCUCGCUGUUCAUUCCCUUUAACCACCUGAGCGGAAACAUCAACAAGGUCGCUGCUGUGACUCAGCACUUCUCCGUAUGGCCCACCAACAAGCCCAUUGUCACGGAUGCCAAGGCGACCGACCUUGCCUCGAUCCUCUUGCUCGCCAGCCUUCACAACCGUAAGAUCCAUGUCACAUCCGUCACCAGCAAAGACGAUGUUGAGCUUAUUGCGCUCAGUAAGGAGAAGGGCCUGGACGUCACUUGCGACGUGUCUAUCUACGCCUUGUUCCUUACUCAAAACGAGUAUCCCGAGUGUAGUUACUUGCCCACGCAAAAGGACCAGCAGGCGCUCUGGGAGCGACUGGACAUCAUCGAUGUCUUCUCCAUUGGCAGCCUUCCCUACCAGGUCGCUCGCGAUACCAAGCACGAGGUGUCAGCUGAUGUUGGCAUCGCCGAUGCCAUUCCUCUGCUUUUCACUGCCGUUUCUGAUGGCCGUCUGACUGUUGAUGACAUUAUUGCCCGUCUCAACCGCAACCCUAAGAAGAUCUUUGAGCUCCACGAUCAGGCUGGAACUUCUGUCGAGGUGGAGGUGGAUCGCUCUUAUGUCUACCAAGGCGGUGCGGCCUGGUCGCCAUUUGUCGGCAAGACUGUCAAGGGAGCUAUCCAGCGGAUUAUUUUCCAGGACAAGACCGUCUGCCUUGAUGGCGAACUUGUCGGUGGCUCCGCCUACGGUAACGACAUGUCUAGCCACACGAUUGCGGCACCUCAAUCGCCAAGCCGCCAUUCCAUUACUUCACCUCGUCCUGAGACUCCCUAUGUUGGUCGUUCUGCUGCUCUUCCCUCGCGGCCGGCAACUCAGACGAGGCAGAUUGACGGAGUCGUUGCUCAGCGGACUCCUCAAGCUUUGGGAAACCAGUUUGGUCCCCCGCUGCACCAGCCAAUUCGCGCUGCUUCUCCCUCACUGCUUGAACUCCUUGCUCAGUCGCCCUUUAAGCAGAGACACAUUCUCUCUGUCAACCAAUUUACCCGCACUGAGCUCCACCUGCUCUUCACUGUGGCGCAAGAGAUGCGUCUCGGUGUGCAGCGUCAUGGUAUCUUGGACAUCCUCCAGGGACGCCUUCUGACCACCAUGUUCUACGAGCCAUCCACCCGCACCUCGGCCUCGUUCGACGCUGCUAUGCAGCGCCUUGGUGGACGUACAAUUGCCAUUACAACUUCGCAUUCGAGCAUCAAGAAGGGCGAGAGUCUCCAGGACACUAUCCGAACUCUCGGAUGCUACGGCGAUGCAAUUGUGCUCCGUCACCCUGAGGAGUCCAGCGCAGCUACCGCUGCCAAGUUCUCCCCUGUCCCGAUCAUCAACGGCGGUAACGGCAGCUUAGAGCACCCCACUCAGGCUUUCCUCGAUCUCUUCACUAUCCGUGAAGAGCUUGGUACAGUGACCGGCCUUACCAUUACCUUCACUGGUGAUCUUCGGUAUGGCCGCACUGUACACUCUUUGUGCAAGCUGCUUCAGCACUACGACGUGAAGAUUCAGCUCGUCGCACCCGCUGCUCUUGCCCUUCCUGAGGAGGUCCGUCAACUGCUUGUCAGCUCCGGGCAGCUGAUUGCCGAAUCUCACGAGUUGACUCCCGAGAUUGUCGCUCGAUCCGAUGUUCUUUACUGCACUCGCGUGCAGAAGGAGCGUUUCCCUGACUUGGAGGAGUAUGAACGUCUGAAGGACAGCUUCGUCGUUGACAACUCUGUGCUCAAGCACGCCAAGAGCCAGAUGAUCGUCCUUCACCCUCUGCCGCGCAAUGCUGAGAUUAGCGAGGAGGUUGACUUUGACCAGCGUGCGGCUUACUUCCGACAGAUGAGAUAUGGUCUUUACUGCCGUAUGGCCUUGCUUGCUCUUGUCAUGGCUCCUUGAGUUGGUCACUCUGUGUUCUUUGGCUGAGCAAAAUUUUGAGCUGGGCUCGCAUAUGGGAUUUAUCAUCGUUUUCGUCAUCACUGCAUGAGAUUAGAUGGUAUCUGCUUUCCAUUUUUCUUUUUCCCUCGACGAUUGUUACGGCGAUUAGAUUAAAAGUUUGGGUUUGCUUUGACGUUCUUUUAAUGUCCUUUGAUGUCUUUACAGACCCUACCAUGACUUGUUAAUUUUCAAACAAGUGGUAAGCGUGUAAUAUAGAUUGCUACGUGUAUAUGUAGUAUAGUGGUG